AUGGAGUACUCGUCGGUUCGAGCAGUGGCAGAGCAAUCCGCUCGCCCAUCCUCCUCUCGCUCACCCGAGUCAAACUACUGGCGCAAGUUCCGCACCCCCGUCUUUGUCAAGGAACUGGCACCUAUCACUUCGAUUCACUUUGUACCACCGGUCUCUGUCUACUCGACCACCGCGCUCGAUGAGGAUGUUUCCUCCACUGGCGCUGCCUCUACCAUUGGCUCGACUUCCACUCAACCCACUUCGGUCUCUGCACGUCAAAAGUUUGCCGUCACAACAGGAGCACGUGUGCAGAUCUACUCGAUGCGCAACAGCCGAGUAUCCAAGACCAUUUCUCGGUUCAAGGAUGUGGCACGAUCGGCCAGUUUCAGGUCGGACGGUAGAUUGAUGGUGGCAGGAGACGACAGUGGCCUGAUCCAGGUAUUCGACACAACAUCAAGAGCGAUUCUGAGGACGAUGAGGGGCCACAGUGGCCCAGUUCAUGUCACGAGAUUCUCGCCAAACGGAAUCGAGAUCAUGUCCGCUGCCGAUGACAGGACGGUUCGGUUGUGGGAUGUCCCAGAGCAGAAGGCAGUUCAUGUGUUUGAGGGACACAACGACUAUGUCCGUUCGGCUGUUUUCAGUCCGGAUAAUCCGGCACUGAUGCUCUCGGGCAGUUAUGACAGUACAGUCAAAUUGUGGGACUCGAGAAUGGCAGAGCAGGGUGGAUGUGCCAUGACGAUGAACCACGGUGCCUCGGUGGAGGAUGUGUUGGUGUAUCCAACAGGAGGUGGUGGUGUAGCGCUCUCGGCAGGUGGGGCGGUGAUGAAGGUAUGGGAUCUCAUGAUGGGUGGCAGGUGCAUGGCGAGCAUCUCGAACCAUCAAAAGACAAUCACCUCGCUUGCGCUUUCGGUCAACUCUGGUGCUGAGUUUUCCGUCGACAACUCGGAGUCGAUCGGUGGCAUGCGUAUCUUGACGGCUGGUCUCGAUCACUUGGUCAAGGUGUACGACCCAGCACAAGACUUUAAAGUGACGCACACGAUGCGUUACGCUUCGCCGAUCUUGUCAAUGGCUGUUUCGCCGGAUGAAUCACACAUUGCGGUCGGUAUGGCGGAUGGCACGCUCUGCGUUCGCAAACGAGAUCUCAAAGCCAGCGAGCUGGAACGACGUGAAGCGGAACGAGCAGCCAUGAAUGCCGGAGCGUAUGAGUUCUUCAUGCAAGGUAAAGCGGCUGCCUCGAAUCAACCAGGUAAAAUCAAUACACGACGAGCGACAGACGACAUCCGCGUAGACAGCGUGCGCAAACGCAAGUUGCAAGACUACGAUCGAUUCCUCAAAGCGUUCCGCUAUAGCGAUGCGCUCGAUGCGGCGCUGCGCAAAGGUGUCGCCCCCAGCGUGACGUUUGGUCUGAUCCUUGAGCUCAUUCACCGAAGUCCGCGUGGAAGCUUGGAUGGCCUGCGAAGGGCUAUUUCGAAUCGAGACGACGUCACCCUCGAACCUGUCCUCCGUUUCCUGCUUCGGCAUGCGGCGAACCCGAGUUACGUCGAUCUGGUCUGCGACACGCUCAACGUGAUCGUCGACACGUACGCCAGCGUCAUCGGCCAAAGUCCGUUGAUCGAUGAUCUCUUCGGUAGGAUCUGGGCCAAGGUCAGCGACGAAUUGAGGCUGCAGCGAGAUCUCAUGCAGGUCAGGGGAAGCUUGGAGAUGAUUCUGGCAGCUACCGCGCUAGGUGCAGCUUCGGCGGUUGCGUAA